AUUUUUUUCGUUACUUGAAAAACCAUGUGACGUAGUGAAUCUCCACAAUACUACUAUGCACAACAGCCACGCAACAGAUGCUUGGCUUGAAGGGACCGGGCGCACAAGUAAAGGACUGGCAAAUAAUGCACUGUUUCAAGAGGGAUGGCUGUUUACACAAACCAUACUUUUGGAAGGUUCUUGGAUUAUUGCAAAAAUACUUUAUUUCUCUUUUGGACCCACUAGAACGGUGUCGCUCAUGACACUUAUUUUCGAAGACCGACCUAAUGUUCUGACAUAUUUGCGGAGAUGAAUUCGUACUACAUAGUAUUUGAGAUAUUAAUAGCAAUCUUGUCCAUAUCUGGCAAUGUAUUGGUUUGCUGGUCUGUCGCCAUCAACACCACUCUGAAAACCGCAACUAACUACUUUUUGGUGUCUUUGGCUGUGGCAGAUAUUUUGGUGGGUUGCCUAGCCAUCCCCUUUGCCAUAACCAUAAGUAUCGGUAUCCUUUUGGACUUCUAUGGAUGUCUUUUUCUUGCCUGUUUUGUUUUGGUACUGACUCAAAGCUCAAUUUUCAGCCUCCUUGCAGUUGCAAUUGAUAGAUAUUUGGCCAUCAAUAUACCCCUCAGGUACAAGGAGCUGGUGACAGGCACGAGGGCCAGAAGAAUCAUUGCUAUUUUAUGGAUCCUGUCCUUUGUCAUCGGCCUCAUCCCUUUCCUGGGUUGGAACCUGAAGGUUUCUUCCUGCCGUCAGAAUGUCUCCAGCAGCCUGACAAAUGGCAGCUCCAUGGGGGACACCAGUACCACUAUCGCCCCUCGGGUGGACGAUCUGAGCAGCAUCAAGCUCACCUGCCAGUUUGAGAAUGUGGUGGACAUGCACUACAUGGUCUAUUUCAACUUCUUUGGCUGCGUCCUGCCUCCUCUGCUUAUCAUGCUGGGCAUCUAUGUGAAAAUCUUCACUGUGGCCCGCAAGCAGAUGCACCAAAUUGAGCUCAAGUGCUCGGUGAGCAGCAAUAGGGGCAGCCACCAUCACGGGCUGCUUCAGCGCGAGAUCCGUGCGGCCAAGUCUCUGUCCAUCAUUGUGGGGCUGUUUGCCCUCUGCUGGCUGCCCGUGCACAUCCUCAACUGCCUGACCCUGUUCUACAAGGACCUGUACAAGCCGGCCCCAGUCAUGUACAUAGCCAUCAUGCUGUCGCACGCCAACUCCGCUGUCAAUCCCAUUAUCUACGCCUACCGCAUCCAGGACUUCAGGAACACCUUCCGCAAGAUUCUGACGCGUCAAGUCCUGUGUCAGAGGGAGGAGCUCUACCUCCACUCCUCCAAUGGAAGCAGGCGGAACAGAGACCAGAUCCACAUGACCAUUGACCCAUUACUCUGAGGGGUGGGUUGCAGGGGGCAUGAGCCUUUACUGUAAGGGCAAGCAACAGGGGCAUGAGGCUACUAGUCCUGCCUACAUGUCCUGCCGACCAUUGACUCUUUACUUCAUAGGUGGGGCCAAAGGUCAGCCGUGUAGCUCAAAACACUACCUGUGUUUAUGUUUUUGUUGUAUUUAAUUUUUGAAUGGCAUUUUAAGUGAGAUUAGAAAUGUUUACAGAACAAAGCAUGGUGGUAUAAUGAUAUACAGUGCCUUGCAAAGGUAUUCAUCCCCCUUUGUGUUUUUCCUAUUUUGUUGCAUUACAACCUGUAAUUUAAAUGGAUUUUUAUUUGUAUUUCAUGUAAUGAAAAGUCAUGCAUGCAUAUGUAUUCACCCCUUUGCUAUGAAGCCCCUAAAUAAGAUCUGGUGCAAUCAAUUGUCGUCAGAAGUCACAUAAUUAGAUUGCACACAGGUGGACUUUAUUUAGCUAAGUGCCACAUGAUCUCUCACAUGAUCUCAGUAUACAGUAUACACCUGUUUUGAAAGGCCCCAGAGUCUGCAAUACCACUAAGCAAGGGGCAUCACCAAGCAAGCGGCACCAUGAAGACCAAGGAGCUCUCCAAACAGGUCAGGGACAAAGUUGUGGAGAAGUACAGAUCAGGGUUGGGUUAUAAAAAAAUAUCCGAAACUUUUAACAUCCCACGGAGCACCAUUAAAUCCAUUAUUAAAAAAUGGAAAGAAUAUGGCACCAUAACAAACCUGCCAAGAGAGGGCCGCCCAUCAAAACUCAUGGACCAGGCAAGGAGGGCAUUGAUCAGAGAGGCAACAAAGAGACCAAAUAUAACCCUGAAGGAGCUGCGAAGCUCCACAGCAGAGAUUGGAGUAUCUGUCCAUAGGACCACUUUAAGCCAUACACUCCACAGAGCUGGGCUUUACGGAAGAGUGGCCAGAAAAAAGUCAUUGCUUGAAGAAAAAAAAAAACCUGUUUCAGUCUUCCAGAGAUUUGAGACUGGGACGGAGGUUCACCUUCCAGCAGGACAAUGACCCUAAGCAUACUGCUAAAGUAACACUUGAGUGGUUUAAGAGGAAACAUUUAAAUGUCUUGGAAUGGCCUAGUCAAAGCCCAGAUCUCAAUCCAAUUGAGAAUCUGUGGUAUGACUUAAAGAUUGCUGUACACCAGCGGAACCCAUCCAACUUGAAGUAGCUGGAGCAGUUUUGCCUUGAAUGGUCAAAAUUCUCAGUGGCUAGAUAUGCCAAGAUUAUAGAGACAUACCCCAAGAGAUUUGCAGCUGUAAUUGCUGCAAAAGGUGUCUCUAAAAAGUAUUGACUUUGGGGGCGUGAACAGUUAUGCACGCUCAAGUUUUCCGUUCUUUUGUCUUAUUUCUUGUUUGUUUCACAAAACAUAUUUUGCAUCUUCAAAGUGGUAGGCAUGUUGUGUAAAUCAAAUGAUACAACCCCCCCCCGAAAAAAAUCUAUUUUAAUUCCAGGUUGUAAGGCAACAAAAUAGGAAGAAUGCCAAGGGGGUGACUACUUUAGCAAGCCACUGUAUGAAGCUGAAUAGAUUAAUCUGUCAAAUAUGCCUUGAAUGUGGAGCGUUAUUUAUGAGUUAAGAUGAGUAUUAGGCCAGGUGAUAAAAAGCUAGCCUGGUCCCACAUCUGUUUGUGCCGUCUUACUAACUCCUAUGGUCGUUGUCAUGGCCAUAGGAGUUAGCAAGACCACACAAACAUCUGGGACCAAGCUAGUGAAAAUCUGAGUCUUAUUUACUUUAAAGCUGGAAUCUGUACUUGGUAAAACUGCCACGUCCGUUUGCGAUAUUAAAAUAACAGUUACUUCAAACAACAAAUAUGUUUUCCCCCUCUGACAUCAUUGCACGCACGAUAGAACAGCAGAGUAUGUAUGUAUGCCUACUGCAAUUGUUUUUACUACGAUGCUGGAUGCUCCUCUCCUCUGUUUCAUCAACAAAACAAAAACAAUAACACAUGCUCUGGGGCGAACAGUGGCACUGUUCUACCUAAUGCGGAUUCCAGCUUUAACUGUUGAAUGAUUUUUAUUUCAUUUUGUUGAAGCUAACUGGAUUUUCAGGACUGUGAAAUGAAUCCACUGAUUAAUCCAUUACUAUGAGAACACCUAAUUUACCAUUCCUACACAUUGACCAUAUCAUAACUUAAAACACACAUUUUUCUAAGCCUUAACUUUCCAAACAUAAUAUGCAUCAAGUGUUCAAUGUUUACCGUUUGGUAUUUGAUUAGUCAUGUAGCUCAAAUUUGAGAAACCUGGCUGAGGUGUGUAUUGUAUUGUUCGUCAUGGGCUAUAUCGGACUUCUUCAUUACUGGUGUUGCAUAAAAACAUAUAUAGGAAACUCUGCCCAGUGGAACCAGUUUUGACUCAACAGCAACAUCUCAAGUGAGAGGACACACACAACACAGCUCGGAUUGGGAAAGUAUUCUUACACAAUAUAAACUUGUGGUGUUAUUGUGCUCUGCUUGAAUUUUGAAAAUGUCAUGGCUUCUAUAGUUCAUGGAGAAAGCUCAGGAAUAUACAGUAUGUGGUGGGCAGACAGAGUAAUGAAUAAUCUAAAAUUCAGAAACAGGAUAUUUAGAGAUUCGCAAGAAAAUCAUGUCAACCUUACAAAUGCCUCAUUAUUUGAAAUUCUUGAUGACUUUAGUUAUGUAAUCUCCCUUUAAAAUGAUAGAUUUACAUUGUUAUUCUUAACAAAAUGCUGACUUUUUUGGGCUCUUGUUCAACAUAGCCUAAAUCAUAUCAGAAAACAAAUCUGUGUUACUUAUUGUUAUACAGUUGAAGUCAGAAGUUUACAUAUACCUUAGCCAAAUACAUUUUAACUCAGUUUUUCACAAUUCCUGACAUUUAAUCCUAGUAAAAAUAACUUGUUUUAGGUCAGUUAGGAUCACCACUUUAUUUUAAGAAUGUGAAAUGUCAGAAGGAUUUAUUUCUGCAUUUAUUUAUUUCAUCACAUUCCCAGUGGGUCAGAAGUUUACAUAAACAAUUUAAAGGCAAUGCUACCAAAUUGAGUGUAACUUGGGUCAAAUGUUUCGGGUAGCCUUCCACAAGCUUCCCACAAUAAAUUGAGUGAAUUUUGGCCAAUUGAGCUGGUGUAACUGAGUCAGGUUUGUAGGCCUCCCUGCUCACACACCCUUUUUCAGUUCUGCCCACACAUUUUCUAUAGGAUUGAGGUCAGGGCUUUGUUAUGGCCACUCCAAUACCUUGACUUUGUUGUCCUUAAGCCAUUUUGCAACAACUUUGGAAGUAUGCUUGGGGUCAUUGUCCAUUUGGAAGACCCAUUUGCGACCAAGCUUUAACUUCCUGACUGGUGUCUUGAUGUUGCUUCAAUAUAUUCACAUAAUUUUCCUGCCUCGUGCCAUCUAUUUUGUGAAGUGCACCAUUCCCUCCUGCAGCAAAGCACCCCCACAAGAUGAUGCUGCCACCCCCUUGCAAGCCUCCCCAUUUUCCUCCAAACAUAACGAAGGUCAUUAUGGCCAACCAGUUCUAUUUUUGUUUCAUCAGACCAGAGGACAUUUCUCCAAAAAGUACAAUCUUUGUGCAGUUGCAAACCGUAGUCUGGCUUUUUUUGUGGCGGUUUUGGAGCAGUGGCUUCCUCCUUGCUGAGCGGCCUUUCAGGUUAUAUCGAUAUAGGACUCAUUUUACUGUGGAUAUAGAUACUUUUGUACCUGUUUCCUCCAGCAUCUUCACAAGGUCAUUUUCUGUUGUUUUGGGAUUGAUUCGCACUUUUUGCACCAAAGUACGUUAAUCUCUAGGAGACAGAACGUGUCUCCUUCCUGAGCGGUAUGACGGCUGCGUGGUCCCAUGCUGUUUAUACUUGCGCACUAUUGUUUGUACAGAUGAAUGUGGUACCUUCAGGCAUUUGGAAAUUGCUCCCAAGGAUGAACCAGAUUUGCAGAGGUCCCAAAAAAAAUUUGAGGUCUUGUUGAUUUUCCCAUAUCUAGCAGAGGCACUGAGUUUGAAGGUAGGCCAUGGAAUACACCCACAGGUACACCUCCAAUUGACACUAAUUGACAUGAUUUAUCAGAAGCUUCUAAAGCCAUGACAUAAUUUUCUGGAAUUUUCCAAGCUAUUUAAAGGCACAUUCAACUUAGUGUAUGUAAACUUCUGACCCACUGGUAUUGUGAUACGCGAAAUAAUCUGUCUGUAAACAAUUGUUGGAAAAUGUACUUGUGUCAUGCACAAAGAUGUCCUAACCGACUUGCCAAAACUAUAGUUUAACAAAAAAAUUGUGGAGUGGUUGAAAAACGAGUUUUAAUGACUCCAACGUACUUGUAUGUAAACUUCCAACUUCAACUGUAUAUUACACAUCUGAAUGUCACCCUCUUCCCUUGGCAUCCCUAGAAGGCCCAUACUACAACCCUCACAUGGACUAACACACACACACCUCACAUGGACACAGCUGUGAUCGUUUGCCCACCUGGCAAAUUCCUGCGUCCUGGAACAAACCAGGCAGCUUUUAAUACUCAAUAUUGUCAAACUGUAGGAUCAACCACUUCCACGGUGUACGGUCUGCCCAUGAAGCAGCAAUUGAAUUGAAUUUGCAUUAAAGAAAGUUGAAUUAAAUUAAAUGACAAUUUUAUUUAUUUUGAAUUGCUUUGAAUUAUAUUCCACUUCCUUCAAUUAAAAUGAAAUUAAAAUCCUGCUUCUUUUGGGGUGUGGCCUAUUCAAAUUAAAUUCAGAAAUGUUGAAUUGACACAAACCCUGCAGGGAACGCUAGGCCUAACGAGAUUGUAGGGUUGACAAGUGCUUGUUCUGUGAAAGACAAAAAUAUGCUUCAUUGUUGUAAAAUUGUAUUUUUGUACCAGUGAGUCUGACAGUGUUGUUAAAUAGACGGUGCAUCGUUCUUGGUUUGAAGAUGUCUCUCCCUGUACUUGACCACCAACUGAUGAGCUUGCCUUUGUUUUGUUGGUUGGCAUUGGCCUCUUUUCUAAGAAGCUGUGACAGUCUAUUUUCCUUUCAACUGGCUGAAAUUAGAUGUGGUUUUCUAUCAAAAACAGGAAACCAGACCUCCACAAAAUAAAUCCAGUUUAACGAGACCCAGUUUGGAUGUGACGGCACACAAUCUGUGCUAAAAUUAAGGUGGUUUUCCUCUGCUAUGAGAAGGGCCUCCUUGCUGUGAUAUUAAACUGUGUUGUGUACUGUUUUUGUGUUCACAAAGUUAGAUUGAACGGGAUCUUAAGCACUUACAAAUUUGUACAAACAUACUGUACGAAUUGGAAUUCGUAACUUAUCAUAUAAACGUCAGGAGAGGAAAACAAAUUGCAGGAUGUAACAUAUCAUUGUGAAAAUGUCAUU